GCACCAGAACUGUAAAGCGGAAAGCUCGUAAUUGUUUGCAAAGCAAGCUUUGCCUUAUGCAGCUGCAUCCUGAGCAUACGUGAUACGCGAUGGGGACUCAUUAAAAUGCAAGGAACACCUUGCAGGACUUUGGGGACGGAGGACCACCACCUGGCCGAGCUAUCGGACUUGGAGUGUCGAUGAGCAGUCGCGCUGUAGUAUUGGCUGCUAUCGUUGAUGAGGAGCAUACCGUUGGCCGCGCGUCCACGGUGGCGCGCGGCCGUGACGCCUGCCGUGACGCUCCUUCUGCCGCUGACGCUCCUUCUGCCGACUAUCGCGCGCGCCAACUCCCCGUUUGUGGACAGCUGCUUGCAACAAGUGAUGCCAAAACUGGUGUCUGGGUGCGAGUCCAUCCACGCGCGCGGGCAAGGCCUCACCAACAGCAGCAUACUGAGCCCCGUGACCUUGCUCGCGGCAAUUAGCAGCUGCCUGGACUCAGGCGGUCAGGUGAUAUCGGUUAUGGCCCCGAACCUGUCUAUCGCCAGCUACGUGCGUGCGCUGAAUUUUGUCCCAGCCGUUCCCAACGGCUAUCCUGCGCCUAGCUUCGACAUGACGCUCCUUCCGAUCGCCGUGUGGGGCCGAACGCUGGCACAAAGCGCGGGUGUGCGACCAGCGCUGCUGGGGCUGGAAAACAACGCAACGAUGCCACCGAGCUACGACGCGUGGAUGGUGGACCCGGUGGCUCUGGCGGACCUGUAUGCGGCCGGUAUGACACUGGACCUGAGCCAGGUGGUUCUGGAUCCGUUGUACAAGGACCAGAUUGCGUUCCACCAGAUCCACCAGCUCUUCCGCGGCAGCGUGGUAGUGGCGGAGGGCACCGUGUCAUCGCUGCCGUUUGGCGGGCUCAUCUACCAGAUGUACUACCGGCGGGACGUGUUGGCGCAGCACGGGCUGGACGUGCCGGCCACGUGGGAUGAGUUCCUGGAUGUGGCACGCAUCGUCAACGGCACGGACAUGAACGGAGACGGCGUGCCGGACUACGGCGUGUGCUUGCAGCGGCCUAGAUACUGCUUCAACGGAUUCAACCUGGCCAGCAUCUGGAGCAGCUUCGUGCAAAGCGGCGGCACGCGGCAGGGGGCCUUCUUCGAUCCAGACACGAUGGCACCGCUGACCAACAAUUCCGCCUUCCAGACGGCCAUGGAGUUGUGGGUGGCUCUUCGGGACUACGGGCCGCCAGACGAGUCCACCGCGCAAUGCCUGCCCUUCAACAUGCAGUUCGUGCGCGGGCGCUGCGCACUGACGCUGAGUUGGGGCUACCAGCUGAAGGCCAACACCUUCCUGCCCUUUUCCAUGGUGCGCAACAAGGUCAGCGUGGCGCUGCUGCCCGGCAGCACGCACGUGCUGGACCGGCGCACGGGCGAGUUGGUGCUGUGCACCUCGCGCGCCGUGUGCCCAUACGCCGCGGAGCUGCCCAUCCCCGCCGACACCAACAGCACCAACAGCAGUAGCAGCAGCAAGAGCAGGGUGCGCUACAUCCAGACUGGGGUAGACGAGACGGGCCGCCCAACGCGGCUGGUCAACCGCGCGCCGUACCUGGCGCUGGCCACGGUCUCCGCGGCCAUCAACAGCCGCGCGUCGGUGGCGGCUCAGUCUCUGCUGUUGUCGGUGUUCGCGCAUCUGUCCUCGCGCAACAUGUCGUGGGAUCUUGUGACUAGCCCCUUGACCGAGCUGGGUCCGUACAGAUACGAGCACUUUGACCCCGCCAACCUCGACAUGUGGACCCAGCGCGGCUACCCGCGGGAGGUCAUUGCGGAGUUUUUGCAGGUCAUGAAAGCGCAGGUGGACAGCGAGAACGUUAUGCUGGAGGUCCGCACCGCUGACGCCUACGCCUACCGCCGAAUAAUGGAUGUCUAUGCCACCCUUGUCAGCGAGAGAGCCAUGGAAGCGCCCGCGGCGGUGGCGGCCAUGUCCGCGGAGCUGCAGGGCAUCUUUGGCCGCAGCAACCCCCGGUUCGACCUCAUCCGCCACUUGUACCGCUACAGCAUUGGCAUCAUAACGGAGGGCGGGACGCCGCCCAGUGGCGGCGGCGGCGGCUCCGGCGGCUCCGAUGAUAGUAAUGUCAACGUCGUGGCCGUCACGGUGCCGGUGGUGCUGGUGGUGGCGGUGGUGGCGCUGGUGGCCGUGGCUGGGUACGCGGAGGUGCAGCGGCGCAAGCGGCGCGCGCGGCACUCCUUGCACAAGGGGCACCCAGGCGUGGGCGAAAACACCACGCUUAUUGUGAGCGACGUGGAGGGUUCCACGGCCCUGUGGGAGAUUAUUGAGGCGAGCGUGAUGGACACCGUCUUCGACCUGCACCACGACUGCCUGCGGCGGACAUCUGUUCGCUUCGGUGGCUACGAGUCCCAGACUGAGGGUGACUCGUUCAUCAUCGCGUUCCACCACCCCGACGACGCGCUGCAGUUCUCUCUGGCGGUGCAGCAGGCGCUGCUGGAGGAGCCGUGGCCGCGUGAGCUGCUGGAGCACGACAAGUGCCGGCCCGUGUGGCUGGCGCGCACGGCCGCCGAGGUGCCCCUGGAGCUUCCCUUCGAGCCGGCAGCCGGCACCUCGGGCCCCCCCGCCACAGCUGCACAUCCAGUGGUGGUGCAGACGCCGCCGCAGCAGCCCCAGCAGCAGCAGCCCCAGCCCCAGCAGCAGCCGCACGCAAACGGGCACAUCCCGAACCCGUCGCAGCGGGUGCAGUACGGCGGACACGGGCCGCGCAGCACCGGUGGCGGCAACGAGGGCAUACCCUACACCGCCAGCCGCCUCGGCACGCCGAGCGCCGUAGAGGGCACAGCCGGACCGGCCACCGCCACGGCGGGCUCGGCCGUAAGCGGGUGGGCGACCGGAACCGGCGUGGGAAAUGCUGGGGGCGGCUCAGGGCGAGCCUUGGUCGGGGGCAGCGGCCGUAUGAAUAGCCUACGGCGCAUCCUGGCGUGGCAGGGCAGCAGCAAACGCCGCGUGCACAGCCUCAACGGCACGCCCGACGGCGCCGCCGGUGCCGGCAGCGCGGACGCGGCCAUGGCGGCGGUGCUGGCGUCGCAUGACGGCGGCGGCUGCGGCGCCAGCACCAGCGGCGCCGCCACUAGUGACGCCACACCGGGUGACAUGUCCCCGCCCGGGACUGCAUUAGAUGGCCGGGGGACGCCGUCGCUGCUGCCCGCGUCGCGCAUCCUGACCGUCGGCGACGCGCUGCGCGCGAUGUGGCGGGAGGUGUCCGUCGCAAACGACCCUUGGGGCGGCAGCGGCAACGUUGCCAGCGGCGCCGCCAUGCGUUGGCAGGGAAUGAAGGCGGCUCUGUCGCUGCGUCUGCCGGCGGCGAUACCUAACUCCAUGUCGCGGCCGCGACAGUCGGCGUCAGGCAUCUCGAUCGGGGGGGCGGCGUCAGUCGGCAGUGGUCCGACCUCGCCGCCGCGUGCGGGGAGCCUGCAAUCCGUGUCGCGAGACGGCUGGCACCUUGCCGGUGGCGGCAGCGGUGGCGGCGGCACCGGUAGCAGGCAGCGCAUGGCUGCCGCAGCGGCGGGGCCUGUAGCAGAGGCACGGUUGCUUUCCACGAGCGGCGACGGCAGCAGCGACAGCGGUGGCGUGGGUGUCGACGGCGGUGCAGACGAGGACAUUGCUGCGGCGGAGCUCGUCGGUAUUACUAUUGGAGGCGGCGAGGGCGAGAGCUCGGGGGAGGAAGGGGAGGAGGUGGUGGAUGUGGUUGUGGAUGCGGGUGCGGGCCACAGACGCACUGGAGAGCUUGGGGACAGGUCGGGGUCUCAGCGAUCCUUGGCGCGGCGGGUGCAGUCGGAGAGCGCCAACAAGAGCCACUUGGCCCAGGUAGCGGGCUCCACGCUCCUCGUGCAACGCGCCCUGUCCGGCACCGCCGGAGCGGAGCUGCGCGCGCGCCGCCGUGCUGCUGCUGCGGCCGCCGCCGCAGCAGCCAGAAUGGCGCCAGUUGCGGCAGUGGUGAACGUUGCAGACGUCGCAGGCAGCACCAGCGGCGGGGCCGUGGCGGCGACGGCCGCAGCCGCCUCGGGCUCCACCGCACACAGCGUGAGCCUCGCCAGGGCGUCGGCCGCCAUGCUGGGGGCGGGCCACGCGACCGAUGCCCCUGGCAACUCCACCCACUCCUUCAGCGGCUCGCGCCUUGGCAGCAAGACGUUUGGGCGCCGGCUGCUGUCUGCUCUCGUCGAGAUGGCGUUCGGACCGGGCAGCGAACAAGGCGCCGCCAGUGGCGCCGGCGGGGCAACUGAGGACAGCUACGCUGAGGGCAACACCGGCGGCACCGCCGCACAGGAUGCGCUGGAUGCCAAUGGCACUGCCGGCAGCAGCCGUCGCACAACACUGGGCAACCUGGCGGCACCGGCGGCCGCGCUGUCGGCGCCGCCUGCGCCUGCUGUGCCCCAAGCGAUGGCCUCGGCUCCAGCCAUCACUGUGGGUCGCGGCCCCAGCUCACGCGCGUUGCCGUACGCGCGCAGCAUGGCUCGGAGCGAGGGCACGCCCUCGUACGGCGCGGGGCGCCUGGCGCCGGCCGGCAGCGUGGGCGUGGAUGCGGCAGUGGUCAGCGCGGAGCAAUGCACGCUGGUCCGGCGGGGCCUAGCGGUCCGCAUUGGCAUGCACACCGGCGUGCGUCAUGCCACUGACCUGGUGUACAGCGACGUGGCCGCGAGGUGGAAGUACAGCGGAGAGGUGCUGGCAGCAGCGAAGGCGGUCUCCGACGCGGCCAACGGCUGCGAGAUCUUGCUGUCCCGCACCACCCUGGACCGCCUAAGCCCCGAGCUGUUCACCCGCAAGGCCGUGUGCCUGCUGUACCUGGGCCGCCACGUGCUGCGCGGAGGCGACCCCGCAGCAGCAGCUGCCGCUGCCGCGGCGCCGGCGGGGCUGGCUGCCAGUGGCGCCGCCGCCGCCGGGGCCGCCGCCGGCGAGGGCCCGGCGCCGGCGCCGCUGGCGCCCGGGAGCGUGGCGGAUUUGUACGGCGCGUACAACGCCCGCCUCAUGGGGCGCAUGGGGCUGUACCGCCCGCCUCGUACGGCCGUUUGCACGGGCCUGUCUUCGUUGGAGGCGCCGCUGGGGCGGGCGGCGUACGUGCUGCUGGUGUCGCCGGGGCUUUCGGCCAUGGCGGCGCACAGCGACGGCUGCUCGGAGGUGGUGCUGGAGGCGCAGGCGGCGCUCGGGUCGAUCGCUGCCGACCAGCUGCAGGCCUGCAGCGGGGUGCCGGCGGCGCCAGGCGCCGGCCUGGGCGGGGGCGGCGGCGCAGGUGGUGGCGGCGGCAUGGGGGGCGGUGGCGGCGCGGAGAUGCUUGCCGGUGCAAACUCGGCUGGCGUGGUGGGCGGCGGCGCCGCCGGCACGGUGGUGGGCGUUUUCUCGAACCCGUACCAGGGCAUCCUGUUUGCGCUGCAGGCGCAGGAGGACCUUCUGAACCACCCCUGGAGCAGUGACCUGCUGACGCAUGAGCAGUUCGAGGAAAUUGCCAUGCCGGCGGCCGCGGCGGCGGCGAUCAUGGGCGAUGCGUCGCCGCAGAAGCCCGCGGUGGCGACGAGUCCGCAGCAGGGGCAGGCGCCGCUGUCCCCGCGCGGCCCGGGCUCGGCCGCAGCCAGCGGCUUCGCCACUGAGCCGCACAGCCUUGGGAGCGCCUUGGGCGUGGGCAUCGGCGGCAGGUGGCAGAGCAGUGGCAUGCGCCGCUCGCAGACGGGUGUCGCGCAUUCCACGGAUGGCGAGGCCUCGUUGGCGGCCGAGCCGCCGCGUGACGGCCGCAGCUCGGCACAGACGCCGCGCGGAUUGCGGCUGACGCCAUCGCGCAGCAAACUCUUUGGCCUUCUUGGCAUCUCAAGCGCCGGGGGUGGCGGCGGAGGGUCGCCCGCAACGCCACUGGUGCAAACCGACGGCGGCGACGGCCGCUUCAGCAGGAGGCAGCGGUCGCCGGCGGAGUCAUUCGAUGGAGGCAACGCAGCCGCCGCAGCCGUCGGCGCCAUGACGUCGCCGGGCACGGCGUUGCUCGCACAGCCAGCGCCGCCCAGUAGCGCAGGGCCGGUGCUAUCGACUGCGCCGGCACCGAUGCCGCCUGUGUCAGAGGGCUCCACAGCCGACGCAGUGUCAACGCCUCACGCGGUCCAAUACCGGCAGCCUGGGACGCCCACGGCGGCCGCUGAGGCGGCGGCCGCUGCCGCCGGCUUCGCCCGGGCCAGCGCGCCCGGCGACAUGUCGCCCCGUGCAGACCCUCAGGCGCCGUUGGCGGCGCUGGCACCACCCGCUCACUCCAGCAGCUCCUUUGUCGCCACCGUGGCGGCAGCCACAAGCGGCGACGCGGCCUCCACCGGUGGCCGCCUGCACGCCUACGCCCCGCACCUGCAGCCCAUGUCGCGCACCCCGUCGCGGCUGCAGUCCGCGGCAACGGGUGCUAUGGCUGCGGCAGCGGCAACGGGCGCCGCCUCCUCGUCUCUCAUCCCGCUGACGACUGCUGCCGCUGCGCCUGCGGCGCCCCCGUGCGUGCCGUCUGGUAGCGCCCGGUCUCCGCUGUCGUUCACCACUGCUACCGCCGGGCCGAGCACUGGCGACGGCCAGCACGCGCUAGAGGUCACUGAGCGGACGUGGGCUGCCGCCAACACAAUCACAGACUCAUGGGCGGCGGCAGCGCCCCGGACAGGCUCCCACACGGCCACCAUCAGCGCCACCACCGCACAUCCGGCAGGCUCACUCAGCACCACGGGUCCCGCACCGCUGCUGGUGGGUGCAUGGGAGGUGGCACCCCGCCCCGGUGACUUCGUCGGCGUGGUCGGUGGUGGCUGCGCUUCUGCAGAGGUUAUGGAGCCGGCGCAUAGGCUUGCAUUGGCGCCCAUUCCCGAGCCGCAGCAAAUGCCUUCGGCGGAAACCCAGCCUGGCGCCUCCAUCCCAAGCACCCUGCCAAUGGCCGACGAGGCGGUUGCGGCGCCAGAGCUGGGUGCGCAGGCGCCGGCAGCCUUGUUCGCCUCAGCGUGGCCCCAGUCCGCUGCGGCCCAGCUGCCGCCGCUCUCAGAGCAUUCCCCGCUGCCCAACACCAGGCCAGGCAGCACUGCCUUUGACGCGGCCUCCAUCGUGGGUGCAAGCGUCCCCGCGGCUCCCAACACAGCGCACGGCACCGCCUCAGCUCCUGCAGCGGCAGUGGCCAUGGACGGCGACGUUGGCGGUGGCGGGUCGCUGGUAUUAUUUCGCGGGCCGCGCAUCAAGGCGGCUGUCACGUACGGGGUGUUCAAGGCAUUCCUGGAUCCCGUGUCAGGCCGGAUCCGGUAUGACGGCAAGCCGGCGGCGCAGGCGUCCAAGAUUGUGUCCUACGCCGCGGUAGGCAUGGUGGUGGCCUCCGUGGAGGCUGUGGACGCCGGCCAUGCCGAUAAGCAGGAGAUGCUGGUGAACCCCAUGCCGGACGGCGCCAGCCACGGCCUCGGCCUGGGGCCACACUCCUACUACGGCGCCGCCACGCCGCGCGCAAACAUGGUCAGCACCAGCGGGCUGCUCGCUCCCGGCUAUUCGGACGCUGGCAGCGGCGCUCUUGGCGGCAGCGGCGCUCUUGGCGGCAGCGGCGCUGCGGCGGCUGCGGCUGCUGCCGCCUUGGGCCCCUCGUCCAUCCACAGCCCGCUCAGCCCGCGCGAUCGUGGCCAAUCCGCCUCGCUUAGGCUUCCCGCCAUUGACGCAAACGCGGCGGCUGCGUCCGCGGCGGCGGCGGCGGUGGCGGCUCAGUAUGAGGCGUCUGGGCGGGCCUGCGACGACCCAGAGGGCCCGAAUGCAGCCGUGGCGGCGGCCGCAGCUGCGGCCGCGGCCGCACUGCUCAACCUGGCACCUGACGGCGGCGGCGUCCUUGCCCGCUCGCGCAGUGUUUCCCUGGACGUUGCCGGCAUUCGGCGAGGCCUCGGCCUGGGCGGAUCGGUCAACGGCGGCAGUGCGGCCUCAGCCGCUGCGGCUGCGGCUGCAGCGGCCACAUCCGUGACCACGGACGCCGCCAGCAUGACGCGCUCGGACUCGAUUGCCGCUCUGGCAGCACUGCUGAGCCCCACUGGCAGCACCAGCCGCCCGCACCAGCACCAGCAGCACAGACAGCACCAGUACCACCAGCACCACCACUACCAGAGCCCCUACCCGCACCCGCAACCCUAUCACACCCACGCGUCCGCGGCGCCGCGCCCUGUCUCGGACCUCGAGAUUGAUCCCGACUACCGUAGCAGCAACAGCGAGCCCGUGGCUCCCGAGGGCCGGCUCAUCAUUGGCACCUCGGCCGCCGCGGCAGCGGCGGCAGCUGCCGCCGGCAGCAACGGCAGCGGCGCCGUCCGCGGCGGCUCUGCAUCUGGCGAAUCCACGCCCCACUCCGGCCCCAGCAUCAGCUUUCAGUACGCAGCGUCGCUGGCUGCCAGUGCGCUUGCUGGCGAGCGCGCUGCCAGCGGGGCGCAGCAGGCUGCAGCGCGGCGCGUUGCAGCGGCGGGCGCGGGAGCUGGCGGCAGCGGCGCGGGCGCAGGUAGCGGCGGCGGUGCAGGCGCCGGCAGCGGCUCUGGAAGCAUCAGCGUGGGCGGCCUUGUCGCCGCCGCUGGCCUGUCGCCGCUCGCUAAGCCGGACUCGCGCCAGGUGUCACGCAGCGCGAUGCGUACCAUGUCAAACCUGAAUCCGGACAGCCGGCAGGCGUCGCGUACCGGUCUACAACGGCCCAGCAGCAUUCUCGCUGUCGCUGGGACUGCAGCCGUGCCGGCGCGCUCCCCGGAGGGCAGCCACCGCGGAGCCCCGCGGCCAACCUCUGUCGCUGGCACCGCAGCGCCUGUGCUGGCUGCGGCGGUUGGCGCGAUGCCCGUCCUGCCGUCGCCGCGCCAGCGCCAGCCGCUGCUGAGCGACACAGAGGGUGACAGUGAUGACGCGCCUGCGGGCGGGCAGCUGCUGGCUGCGGGUCUCGAGCGCGCCGCUGGCGGCGGCGUGCGGGCCGGCGAGGGCGAGGGCGAGGGUGCUGCGGCAGAGCCCGCCACGUUUGUGACCACAUCACCGCUGGCUGUCGUCUCUGCAGCUGCGGUCGUAGCUGCGGUUGCAGGCGCCGGCUCGGCGGGCAGUCUCUCGGGCCGCCCCCCGCGACCGCGCGGCGCUCCGGCGCUGUCGGUCCCCGACAGUGACGAGGUGCCGCACGCCGCAGCGGCGGCAGCCGCGCCUCCAGCGGCAGCGCCUGCGGCGGUGGCGGCGGCAGCCACGAUGGCGGGCGUGGCGGCUGCGCUCGCUACGUUGCCGCCCGAGCCUUCACGCAUGGACCCGACACACGUGGGCCUAUUGGAGUCAGGGGCCGACCUGGAGGCAAUGCUGCCGCCUCCGCCGGACCUGCAGUCGCCGGCGUAUGCAUCGCGGUCCAUGGUCAACAACGGCACUGCCUCGCCGGCGACGGCCUCGCCGGAGCCGCCACAGCCUCAGCUGCAGCCGCAGGGGCGGUCGGUCCGGGGUCUGCAUGAGGCAGCGUCAGCCGCCUUGUUGCCGCCGGAACCGUCACAACCUGCCGCGCUGACGUCAGCGAGCCCGCAGCCGGCGGACGCAGCGCUCCUGCACCACGGCCUCCGCUCCUCCUCGUUGGGCGCGGCGUCCGCGGCCGCCAAUGCUGUCGCAGCCGCGGGCACGACUGCUGCCGGCAGCUUGAGUGCGGUGCCGCAGGACCCUGCACGGUGGCCGCCCAGCCGCGGCAGCAACAUGCCAGCCGCGGCCGGCCCGUCCCGCCUGAAACGAAAUGCGUCCGCGUCUAGUGCCGCCAUGGUCCGCGGCGGCGGCAGCCUGCUGCCGGUGGCGCUGCGUCAAGCCAGUGAGCGCAUGGUGCGGCCGGGCGGGGCCGGCGCUGUUGCUGCGCCAGCAUCCGACGUGCUAGCGGCACCCAUACUGCCCACGCUUGGCGAGGUGCCUGGCGACGCCGAAGCAGCGCCGGCCAUGCGAGCGCUGGCGCCAGAGGUGCUGUUAGGGGCGGCGGCGGCGGCGGGCGCGAUGUGGCCGCCGCCGGCAGGCAUGUCUGUCUCCGCUUUGGCGGCACCACACGGGGGCGCACGGACCGAAGGAAGCUUGAUUGCAUUUGCGGCAAGUGGCGCCGGCGACUCGAACGGUGGCGACGUCAGCGGCACGGGCACAGGGACCACGGGUGGUGGCGAGAGCGAGUCGCAGCUGGCUGGGGCAGCGGCAGUGCCGGCUCUUGGCCGUGUGCAGGUGGGCUCGCCGAGGCGCACGGGCAGCAUGGGCAGCGGCGUCAACGUCAGCCGCAACCGAACGGUGCGAGCGGUCUCGCAUCAGAACCCGCAUAGCACGGAUACGCAGAGCGUCGCCGGCGCCCGGCUGAACCGGCCUAGCGCGGGUGAGGGCGGAAUGCCUGCCUCGGCGGCGCCAGCUCAACUGGUGGGCAGCAGCGGCUGGUCAGGCGCGGCGAGUGCGGCGGCGUCGCAAGCGGGCGGCGGCUGGGCCUCACAGCCGGCAUCGCGUGCCGCGUCCCGGGCAGCUAGCCGCAAAGCAUUGCGCAGCGGCGCCGCUGGCAUGGUUGCGGCUGCCGCCGCGCCUGUUGUCCGCAGCGGCGCCAUGCCGGCAGCACUGGUGAGUGCGCCGCCCAUCGGCGGGAUGGCGGCCGCACGCCGCACAGGUGUUGUCGGCGCGGCGGCGGCGGUCCCAUGGAAUGCUCAGCAGCAACAGCAGCUGUCGGGCGCUGCAACAGGCGGCGUGUCUUGGCGCACAAACUCCUUCGCGGUCACUGCGGCCCCCGCCGCACAGCACUCCGGCAGCCACGCAAAUCUGGCCCUUCCGCCGGCGUUCUCCGGCCCUGCCCUGUACGGAACCGCAUCGGGCCGUGCAUUCCCGCUCUACCAGCCGCAGGCGCCGCCGCACCAGCCGCCGCAGAUGCACUCCUCGCAACGCCUGGCAUAUGCCGUCAGCCCUGCAGCCGCCGCAACGACGGCGGCCCCCGGGCUGAUGGCGGCCGGCGCCAUCUCAGCCGCCGGGCCGCUUUCUGGAUCCAGCGUCGGGCUGUGGCCGUACCCGGUGCCUGCGGCGGCGAUGCUUGCUGCGGGCGGCGGCAUCGCUGCAUCCAUCGGCACCGGCGGCGGAGGCGGAGUUGGGGCGCAGUGGCAUCCGGAUGCGACGCCGUCGGUGCGGCUUUCACAUCAAUUGGAGGCCGUGGGCAUGGACGAGGUGACCAUGAUUCCUGUGGCGCUGCGGAAGCGCGCCAACUCCCAGCCACUGGUGGUGUACCUCUGCCGCUUCGCCAGCGGGCAGCGCGCCGCCGAGGUGCAGCAGCGCUUGGUCAGCAUGGGGCGGGGCGACCCCACCGCCGCGGCCGCCGCCGCCGCCACCGCAGCCGCGAAUGCGGCCGCAGCGCGCAGGACCGCCACCGCUGCGGCCAUUCAAGCGGCAGCCGCGAACGCCGCUGGGGACAACGCGGGCGGCCCUGGGGCUCUGGGCUCGGACGCAGCGGAUGCAAUGCUGGGGCCCAUGUCGGCAGCCCAGGCGUACCUGCCACCCAUGGCCUCACCGCUGCCACACACCGCCGGCGAGCGCACAGGCGAGCGCAGCAAGCUCUCAGCCAGCGUGGCGGCACUCUUCUCAGGCGGCGGCGCGGGCGGCGCCGGCGCCGGCGGCCUGCGCUCUUUGCACAGCCGCAUGCCGGUGGCGAGCUCCACUGCCGACGGCGGCGGCCGCGGGCCGCCGGCGUCCAUGUUCCCGCGCCGCGCCAGCCUCACCAGCCGCAUCACAGGCCAGCCCCUGCCCUCAGACCUGGGCCGCCGCAGCGCAAGCGUCGCUGGCAUGAUUCAAACCGAGGGUGGCGCCGCUGCCAAGGCCGCUGUUACAGCCCCCGGGAUCGAGCUGCUGCCCCUGGCGCAACUCACCGCCGCUGCUGUAGCACAGGCGGUGGGGGCGGCGGCGGUUGUAGGCACCUCUGGCGCCCCCAGCCGCAGCGGUGGCGGCUUCAUGCGGCGCUUCAGGAGGGCGAGCCUGGACAUGUCGCAGCAGCCGGUCAAGAAGCGGCACGGCCGCAGCACGGCCUACGGGGCUGUGGAGUCGGUGGGCGAGGCCCGGACCAUGAGCGUGAAGCGCGUGCAGCGCAGCACUGCCGGCGGCAUAAGCGGGCCGUUGCACAUGCUGCUGCCGCCCGCCAUGCGCGGCGCAGGCGCAGGCGGCGCCGUCUCGGCUGCCCUGCCUCAGCUACCCUACUACUUCGGCGCCGCUGUCGCGCCACAAGCCGCGUCGUCGCACUACGCGCAUUCGUCCUACAGCACCAGCGGCAUGCUUUGCCACGGCGCCGGGGCCCCGGCGUUGGGGCCGCUGACGGGGGCGUCGCUGCCGGCCAGCUCGGUGGCGGUGGCGGUGGGCCCUGACGCCGCCGGCCCUACCCACGCGGUCCACGUGGUUCGCUCGCUGGCGCCGUGGGUGCCAAUGUGCAGCCACGGUGGCAGCAUGCCGGACGAAACCACCGGCUCCGCCGUGUAUAGCCACCCCGGCGCCGCCGCCAGCGGCUCACUGGCCCUGUCCGCCGCCACGGCAACCACUGGUGGCGCCGGCGCCGGCAGUGUGGGCGGAACCGGCGGCAGCGCGGUGUCGCUGGCGGGCUACGCCUCUAGCACGCAGCACUCGGACUCGGCUGUACCGGGCUCGGGCGGCGCCAUCGCGGCGGCGCAGGCGGCUACGGCCGCAGGAGGCGGUCCGGCUGUGGGUGGCGGCAGCGCCGCGGCCUUGGGCACCGGCGGCGCGUCGCUGUCGUCGCAGCAACUCAUCGUGUUGGGCCUGGCGAGCGGCAGCAACGCGGUGCUGCCGUCAUUGGGCGGCGGCAUGGGCAGCGGAGCUGCUCCAGUGGUUGGUGGUAUGGCAGCGGGUGCGGCGUCUGAUGCUGACACGGCAGGGGCGGCAGCGGCUGCUGGCGGUAGCGGUGGCGGCGGCCCGCUUCACCCGGGCGCGUCCUCGCGGCACAUGCAGCUGCCGUGGCAGGAGCACGGCAGCCUGGGCCCCGCCGGCGGUGGUGGUGCGGCGGCGGGCAUGUACAUGCUGCUGCCGGGCGCCGGCAUCAGGACCACGGGCGCCCGCGUUCCGCCGCAGAUGAGCAUGAUGACGACUCCAACGGUUGAAGAGCACGAAGAAUGCCUCGACUAAUCGACUGAUACUGGCAAGAGGAAGUGGGCCAGGCUUGGAGUCUUGAGGCAAUCUGGAUGGACGGACUGAAACAAGAUUGGGGAACGACAGCCGGUCAUUCUUCCUGCAUACACCCAUGCAUCGCAUAUUGUUAUGUCGUCUUGCACACAAGAUGUCGCAUCGUAUCGCACCCGCGUGCGCUUCAGAAGCAUGCAGCCUGCAUGCACAUCUUCGCAUCAUGCCUCGGUUGACUACUUCGCAGUAUGGUCACGGACGUUCAGGGUGUUGAGCAUUUGGCUGUGGCAUGAUUUUCUAGCCAGGCUGUGCGUACCUAUGCUUGCGUUGGCAUACUGAACCGCGCAAGGUGAACACAACUAUAGUGCAUGUGCACAAUGGGGACGCAAGCAUGAUGUUGAUAGUGCAUGUUUGGCUGUUAUGUUGCAUGGCGCUGUCCUGGGAGCACCAGCAGCAGCAGGGGGCCGGGUGAUUAUGUGGGGCGCGGUGUAUGGUGGCGGCAUCCUGUAUGCUUGAGAGCCGUCUCACCCCGGUCAGUGCACGUGCUUGAGCGCUGUGCCGCAGUAGGGUGCCAGUACUUUGGGGCGAUUGGGACAGGGUAGGAUGAGCGGCCGUGUAUCGGUAGCGUUGUGAGGUGUGGAAGAGAUCACCGCACUGCCGCUGGGACCGGCACGAGCAUCAAAGGGGAGACCAAUGAUCAUGUUUAAAGACCAA